AUGACCGACCAACCCGACAUCAACGCAAUCCGCGAAGCCGACUACCAGCGCUUCAAAAACUACGCCGCAAUAACCUUCCUCGUCGCCUCGCCGGUCCUCAUCGCGCUCCCACCCCGCAAACUCGACCACCUCACCGUCCUCCUCACAAGCGCCUUCUGCGUCUCCGCGAACCACCUGACGCGCGAACGCACGGGGCGCAGCAUCAUCGACCGGCUCGAGGCGCGGCUCGCCUCGGCGCGCGUGCCGGAUCUGCCGAGCCAGCGGGCGCAGGAAAUCCAGGCGCAGCUGCGGGCGGCGCGCGACGCGCAGAUCCGCGAGGGCGGCGUCGUCGGCGAGGAGCUGGAGAAGAUGAAGGCGCGCCAGGCGCAGGAGAAGGGCGUCGUCGAGCGCUUCUGGAUGGGCGGGGAGACGCCCGGGUGGAAGGAGCGGCGGCUUGCGGAGGAGCAGAAGGCGCUCGAGGAGGGGCGCGGGUAUGGCGAUUUGAUUAAGGAGCAUAUUUGGGAUGUGUGGACGUGGGGGCAGAAGGAUCAGUCGCCGUCUGGGGAGAAGAAGGAGUAG